AUGGGCAAUAACACUUCCACACCCACAAAUAAUAAUACAACAGUCAUCAUUCAAAAUUUUGGUAAUGUCAAUAAUAUUGAUCCUGUUUGCGAGGCUAUAAGCAUUCCUAAUGCUCCCCCUUUUCCAAGAGAUGGUCUAAAAGCACAGUUAGCUUGGAUCGACAAAUCUGCGCUGGAUUACUUGAAGGCUAACUGGUCCGAUCACUAUAGAUAUAUCUGGGAUGACAAUGAAACUAAACCUGAUGGCGCGGUAACUCAUGGUGCAAUUUUCGGAACGGGAUGGUUUGAUCAGAAUUUCACAGGUGCGAUAGUAGCUGAUUAUUUGGAGGCAGAAAUUACAGACGGUUUUAACCAAUCAGAUCUCACAGAUUUGGGUAAGCAUCUUGGCAAAGUUAUUCAGACAUUACUUAAGAGCCCUGAACAAAGCUUUCAGGAUCAAGAAAAAACUUUUACCAUCGGGGACAAGAAAGUCGCUGUUUACUAUGCAGGAGGGGUCUUCAACAGUCCGAAGGGAGAUCUAGUGUUUGUUUCUUAUCUGCUUAGCUGGUUUACUCCAUCAAAUUUACCUAUUCAAUAA